UUCUUCUUCUCCAUCCUCCAUUUCUUCUCUCAAAACCCACCCACUGCAACCAUUGCUCCGACCACCGCCACCCAUAAUUCAUAACCCCCAAAUGGGCAAGGCCUUCAAAUGGUUCCGUGGCCUUCUGGGUCUCAAAAAACCCGACCCACCCUUCACACCUUCUCCUUCUAAGCGCAAGCCCAAGUGCCACUUCACCAAGUCCUUCAAAGACAAGAACAAGCUCCGCCACCAUGACGCCCUCACCCCCUCCCUCGCCGUCGUCAAGCUGCCCAGCAACGGACAGACCGUGCCCAUCACGGCGGUUCACACCCUCACCUUCCACGAGGCCGACUUUGCCGCCACCAAAAUUCAGGCUGCAUUUCGUGGACUUCUGGCAAGGAAGGCAUUGAGGGCACUAAGAGGGUUGGUGAGACUUCAGGCAUUGGUUCGAGGCCAUAUCGAGAGGAAGCGGACGGCUGAAUGGAUACAACGAAUGCAGGCGUUGCUAAGAGCACAAACACGGGCACGAGCGGGCUGGAGUCGAUCGGCUUCUGAGUUGUGUGAAACACAGUCCUUUAGUCCAUUUGAAUUCCCUCAUGAAGUUGAGGAGAGCUCUUUCUUUUCUGGUACGAGUACAAAGAAAAGCCCCGUCACCCCGACCAGUACGAGGAGCUAUUUCAGUGGCGACUCGGAAUAUCCGAGCUACAUGGCCUGCACUGAAUCCUCAAGAGCCAAAAUGAGAUCUCAUAGCGUUCCGAGACAGCAUCCUCAAUAUGAGAGAUCGAGCUCCGCUAAGCAGAGUUCUAUAUACGUCGUUGAGGAUUCGAGAUUACAAUCAAAUAUUGUUGGGAAAGCCUACCUUGGUUCUGGUCUACUGGACAAACAUGGCAUGCCUGUGAGUUACAGAUACUGA